CAGUUUUGCGGCGCGGGACUCCACGGCCGUGUACACUGACAUUCGUGCUGAGGCGUCGUCGGAGAGACUUUGUCUCUCAUCCGGCCAGCGCUGUCGACCGUAACCGCUCGUACACGCCAUCACAAGCGCCACACAGCACGCUAGUCACUGGCGCCCACACGCCGUCGCGGCGCGCAACGAUGCUCUCCCAGUUCUUCGUCCUAAGCCCGAGGGGCGACACGAUCAUCUCCAAGGACUAUAGGGGCGACUCGCCGCCGGGCGCGGCCGAGGCCUUCUUCCGACGGUGUCGGGAGGAGCGGUCCUGUCCUCCUUGUUUUAGAAUUAAUGACGUGACGUAUGUGUGGGUGAAGCAGCACGGGCUCAUGUUCGUUUGCAACACGCGCUUCAACGCGUCUCCUUCCACGAUCAUAGAACUACUUAACAGACUCGUGAAAGUUUUCAAGGACUACUGUGGAGUUUUAAGUGAAGAAGCUAUUAGAAAAAACUUCAUUCUGAUUUAUGAGCUGCUGGACGAGAUCGUGGACUUCGGCUACCCGCAGGGGACGUCGACCGAGAAUCUGAAGGCCUGCAUAUAUAACGAGCCUCUGCUCGUCGACGCGCAAAAAUUGAGAGUGCCCUCCCUGUCCACGAAGACCGUGUCUUCGUCGGCGGUCCACAAACCGAUAGGAUCGCGGAAGACGGGCACGAUUGGCGGUGGUGCUGCUCGGAACGAGAUCUUCGUGGAUAUACUGGAGAGGCUGACGAUGCUCUUCGCGGCGAACGGUUCUGUGGUGAAUAGCACAAUAGACGGCUGCAUCCAGAUGAAAUCAUAUUUAGCAGGGAACCCGGAACUGCGGCUGGCGCUGAACGAGGACCUCGUGGUCGGUAAAGGCGGCCCUUACGGGACCGUCGUCUUAGAUGAUUGCAACUUCCACGAGUGCGUGAGAUUGGACGACUUCGAGGCCCAGCGACUCCUGAGCUUCGUGCCGCCGGAAGGUGAAUUUGUGGUCUUGAAUUAUCGAACGGCGGGCGACUUCCGCGCGCCGUUUCGGGUACUACCUCAAAUCGAGGAGGCCACGCCCUACCAGCUCGAAAUUAUUGUGCUCGUGCGCUCGGAGAUCCCGGACACGAAUUAUGGCAGUGAUGUUACUAUUACGGUACCCUGCCCAAGAAACUGCACCGCGGCCUCCGCAACAGCGCCUUCCGGAAGUAGUGCGGACUACAAUGCGACACAAAGAAAACUAACUUUCCACGUCAAGAAAUUUCAAGGAGGGUUAGAAUUGGCUUUCCGGGCCAAGAUCACGCUCUCCUCGAUCUGCACGGCGCAGACGCGCAAGGAGAUCGGGCCCGUGUCAAUGACCUUCGAGAUCCCCAUGUACAACGUCUCGAACCUGCAAGUGAAGUAUUUGAGGAUCGCGGAGGCGUCGCAGAAUUAUAAUCCGUACCGCUGGGUGCGCUACGUGACGCGGUCGUCGUCGUACGUGUGCCGGUGCCGGUGAUGCAUUCCUUCGCGGCGAUGCCGUAAUUACUUGGUUGUUA